AUGUCGAAGCGUGGACGUGGUGGUUCUUCUGGAGGAAAGUUCCGUAUUACCUUGGGUCUUCCCACCGGCGCUGUCAUGAAUUGUGCCGAUAACACGGGUGCAAAGAACCUAUACGUCAUUGCCGUUUUUGGUGUACGAGGUAGACUUAAUCGCCUUCCGACUGCAGCGACCGGUGAUUGCGUCGUGUGCAGCGUUAAAAAGGGCAAGCCCGAACUUCGUAAAAAGGUCUGGCAAGCCGUUGUAAUCAGGCAGCGGAAGGCCUUUCGUCGGAAGGAUGGUACAUUCAUUUACUUUGAAGAUAAUGCCGGUGUGAUCGUGAAACCUAAUGGCGAAAUGAAAGGCUCCGCGAUCACUGGUCCUGUUGCUAAGGAAUGUGCCGAUAUGUGGCCCAAGAUAGCUUCUAGUGCUGGUUCUAUUCACUGA